UUUUUUUGUAAAAUGGUUUGUUGUUGAUCUAUUCUGGAAGACUUGCUUGUAGUCGGUGAUGCCUCGAUUCGAAAAGAAAACUGUACAAUUGAUUUUAAAUUUUGUGCUGUUUGUCCUUGUAGUGACUGUGUGGAGUUUUGUUUUGGCUGCAGGGAGACAUGCAUCUGAUAGGUUCAUGGUAACUCAUUGAAUCAACCACACAUCUGCCAUGGAAGUCAAGAGUGAAAACCAUGCCAUGCUCAGCAAUUUUGAAGUGCUGGGUCUUCUAAAAGACAUUCAAGCUGGCAGAGGACAGAAAAAGCCAAAUAAAUACCAAACUAAUUUGGCAACCAUUACUUAUGAAACAAUCAAAUGUUUGGAACAAUGGCCUUGUAACCACCAAACUCCUAAUGGUAUUAUGGCUGUCAUGAUGGCACUGACUCCUUAUAGACUCACCCCUGCUGAAAAACUACAGUUGAUAAACCUCAGGCCUUCCUCAGCUGUAGAGAUUCAGUUGAUUGUGGAGGAGAGUGAAGAAAGGCUGACAGAAGCUCAAAUAGAGGAGCUGCUUGAUCUCCUCUCUACUCAUCUACCUGGACCAGAUGGUGGCAGAGAUGAACAGGAGGAAGGAAUGGAAGAUGAUGAAGUGGAAGAAGACCAAGGCUAACAAUAAACAUUAUAUUUUUAGUUUUACUGAUAUUUUACUGUAAUGUUUUUAAGUUUUUUAAUCUGGAGAUGUUAAAAAUAGGUAAUAAUAUCACAUAUAAUUAACAUAGUGCUGCUAUGUUGUUGAUGUCAGUGCUGGGUUGCUAUCUGUUCCAGUAACUGUUUAAAGCAUUUGUAUAAUAACAUUGAAGAAUAAAAUAUUUUUGCCUCUAAUCA